GGGGUUUAAAAAAAAAAAAAUUACCAUCCUAGGUGAGAAUAGCUUUCCAAGCAGUUCACUGCACUUCGAAAAAAAGGCGCACAAAAGGGGAAUCACAAAAGGGGAAUCACAAAAGGGGAAUCACAAAGGAAGGAUCACAAAGGAGGGAUCACAAAGUGCCAUCACAAAGUGGCAUCACAAAGGAGUUAUUUUCUUUGUGUGGAAAAGGAAAAUCCCAUUGCGACGGCUCACCGUUUCGCCCAUUCGCAUGUGAGCGAGAAGUGCCAGCAAGGCAGCUACCCAGAAGAUAACCCUUUCUUCUCAUCCAAGCACUCCCACCCACCAAGAUGGAAAUCCUGCCGCUAAGUGACCACUCAGGAGAGAAGAAACCAGAGGAGAGGGAAGCCGCAGUGGAACAUGGCCGCGGGUUCAAGCGAUGGAACCCUUAUGUCGACAAUGGAGGAACCGUUAUCGGAGUGACCGGCAAGGACUACGUCAUCUUGGCCGCAGACACAAGACUCUCCCUGUCCUACUCAAUUUACACGAGACACUGUCCCAAAAUAUCAAAACUAACGGAUAAAUGCAUUAUCGGCUCCUCUGGGAUGCAGUCCGACAUCAAGACGCUGCACUCAUUGCUGAAGAAAAAAAUUGAACUCUUCGUGCUGGAGCACGCGCACUACCCGGACAUUCACGUCAUAGCGAGGCUGCUCUGCGUGAUUCUCUACAGCAGACGGUUUUUCCCCUACUACACGUUUAACCUGUUGGCGGGAGUGAGUAACGAAAACAAAGGAGUUCUUUACAAUUACGAUGCCAUUGGAUCCUACUGCGAAGCAACACACUCCUGUGUUGGAAGCGGAUCGGCACUGAUCCUUCCAAUAUUAGACAACCGAAUGGAACAGAAGAACCAGCUAAUCAAAAACCUAAACUUCAACUUGCGGGACGACAUCGAUUUUGUUAAGGAUGCUAUUACGUCAGCCACGGAGAGGGACAUAUACACAGGAGACAAAACAGAGAUCUACAUUAUCGACCACAUGGGUGUCAACACCACCACGCUGGAGCUGAAGCAGGAUUAG